AUGCCGGGUGAAUCUGAUUUGGUGCUCCGUGGACAGAAGGAGCGCGCGCGCCUCUUUGGCCGAAGAGUCAUGUCUUUUGACGUGUCGUGUGGGCGACCCUUACUUGUCUUCCAUCAGCGUGGUGGCAGCCGCACUACAUACCUGUGUACUACUGGAGAGUCUUCUCCACCUUCCACUUAUUGGAACUCGCUAGCCAAUAUUCUGUAG